AUGUCACAUUAUCUCCACAGCCUGCAUUUGGCCCCUGUGUCUUCUCAGACGGCCGAGGAAGCCCAGACAGCACCUGCUGACCCUGCCAGCCCAAACCUCAGCAAGUCUUUCACAUUAGGUAAUGCAGCAGAUAUGAGAGUCAGCACGUCAUGCCCCACUGCUACACUUCAUGUGCCCUCAAAGGGCCUCAGCUCAAGACCAACUCCCAGAACAAGCAACACAGCUCGACAGACAGAAGACAAAAGCUCUGAAAUUCAAGAAUCCAGUGUUAUGGUGGAGGAGCAGAGUGACAUGAAUGCCAGCAUUAAAUCCCUUUUAUACACAGACAGUGACCUUACAGUGACUCCCAUCAUGGAUAACCCAAAGAUUUUAAAGACUUCUCCAGUUCGUUUUGACCCCAAAACGCUUUGCGUAUCAGCACACUCAGCUGAACGGUUGUCCUGUCUGAACUCGGAGGACUGGUCUCAGUUCCUGCAACAGGUGUGUGCUGUUCUGGAGUCAGUAGACCGGGCUGGAUCAGCCAAUGCCACAGCACCACGCACUAAACUCAACCUGCUCUGUUACCUCUGCACUGUCUGUAACCACAGAGAGACGGCCACACGCCUCAUACACUCCCAGCUGUUCCCUGUGCUGGUUCAACAGAUGCGACAUGCUCCGAACUGGGAUAUAAGGAGCAAAGUGAUGCGAGUGAUUGGACUGAUGGCCUCCCACUGCACAGAGCUCAGAGACGACGUUCCUGUCAGAGAAGCAGUGGCCAUGUUCACAGAACUGAUCCGAGAGAACUUCAGGAGCAGUAAAUUGAAACAAUGCUUGAUUCCACCCCUGGGUGAGCUGCUCUACCUCAUUGCUACACAGGAAGAGAAGAAAGAGCGCCCAGGAGGAUUGUGGGUCGUUCCUGCUGCCGCCUACACCGUGUUAAUGAGGUGCCUUCGGGAAGGGGAGGAGUUGGUGGUAAACCACAUGGCUGCCAAAACCAUAGAGAACGUGUGCAGCCGUGAGUCUCAAUACGCUCAGGGAUUCAUCAUUGCAGAGGUGGGACCUGCACUCUGGUAUCUGUUCACACACUCCACAGUGGAUGCACUCAGGAUCAGCGCUAUAUCUGCUCUGUGUAAAAUAACACGCCAAUCUGCGGGGGCCUUCCAGAGUGUGAUUGACAAGGUGGGAUUACCCAGCAUCCUAAAUUGUCUGGUGUCAGGCAUCAGCCGUGUCCAGCAACACAUGCUCACUAUGUUCGCUGCCAUGUUGGCAUCAGGAGCACAUUCCCACAGACUGGUACAGGACCGG